AUGGCUGAUCUACAGGGCCGCAAGGUCUUCAAGGUCUUCAACCAGGACUUCAUCGUGAACGAGCAAUACAAUGUCACCAAGGAGCUAGGUCAGGGUGCCUACGGUAUCGUCUGUGCCGCAACAAACACUCAGACUGGCGAAGGCGUUGCCAUCAAGAAAGUCACCAACGUAUUCAGCAAAAAGAUUCUCGCCAAGCGAGCCCUGCGCGAGAUCAAGCUCCUCCAGCACUUCCGUGGCCAUCGCAAUAUUACCUGCCUAUACGAUAUGGACAUUCCCCGCCCGGACCAAUUUAACGAGACAUAUCUCUACGAGGAAUUGAUGGAGUGUGACUUGGCGGCUAUCAUCCGUUCCGGCCAGCCCUUGACCGAUGCGCACUUCCAAUCCUUCAUUUAUCAGAUCCUUUGUGGUCUUAAGUAUAUCCACUCUGCGAACGUUCUGCACCGUGAUCUCAAGCCCGGUAACCUGCUUGUCAAUGCGGACUGCGAGCUGAAGAUUUGUGACUUUGGUCUGGCUCGUGGUUUCUCGAUUGACCCGGAGGAGAAUGCUGGUUAUAUGACCGAGUAUGUCGCGACAAGAUGGUAUCGUGCACCGGAGAUUAUGUUGAGCUUCCAAAGCUACACCAAAGCUAUUGAUGUCUGGUCCGUGGGCUGUAUCCUUGCUGAGCUCCUCGGCGGACGUCCCUUCUUCAAGGGUCGCGACUACGUUGAUCAGCUGAACCAGAUCCUGCACUACCUGGGUACCCCCAACGAGGAGACCCUGGCACGUAUCGGAUCCCCCCGCGCCCAAGAAUACGUGCGCAACCUCCCCUUCAUGCCCAAGAUCCCCUUCCAGCGACUAUUCCCCAACGCCAACCCGGACGCACUGGACCUGCUGGACCGCAUGCUGGCCUUUGACCCAUCCUCGCGUAUCUCCGUCGAGGAGGCCCUCGAGCACCCAUACCUGCACAUCUGGCACGAUGCCUCGGACGAGCCUACUUGCCCCACCACCUUCGACUUCCACUUCGAAGUCGUCGACGACGUCCCCGAGAUGCGCAAGAUGAUCCUCGACGAGGUCAUCCGUUUCCGCGCCACCGUCCGCCAACAGUCCCAGGCCCACGCGGCCCAGCAGCAGCAGAUGGCCCAGCAGACUAACGUCCCCAUCCCCGAGAACCAGCAGGGUGGCUGGAAGACCGAGGAGCCUAAGCCUCAGGAGGCGGCCGCUGGCGGCGGGCACAUGAAUGAUUUGGAGGCCUCGCUGCAGCGCGGCAUGGACUCUGUGCACCAUUGA